CUUGCAAAUUUAAAGAUGCUGAGAAUUCAGAUUUGACCUAAGUCCUGCAUGAUGAAAACUGGUUUAAAAAACUGGGAAAUAUUUCAACACUGAAAAUGUCAGCAAUUACCAAGUGCAAAAUUAUUGGGCGAGUGCAAUCUGCAAAGAAUGAGAAUGAAGAAAAUGAUACCCCAGGCACUACAAAUAGUAACACUAAAGUCAAAUUAAGACCCCCAUUUACUCCUAUACAUGGGACACUAUAUAACAUUAGACAAAGGUUGGAAGAAAGGCUCUCAGAUACACCAGCAGAAGUGGAAGACAAAACUAGUCCUGGAUUGGCAAGGUUAAGGAAAACACCAGCCUGUAUAAAGGCACGCCAGCAAUCUCUCAUUCGGAAGCACCAAGUGGCCAAAGAUAAAAUUGACAAUCUGAAUGUAGGGGGAGGGGUAAGCAUGUGGCCUCAGAUGGAAACUAUGAGAUUGACCCAAGGUGAAACCUUGCAGCUCCUGGCAGUGUGCAUUGGAUUGUUCACUUCAACUGUGGUGCUUUUUUAUUUUUUGCAUGGUUCAGAGUUACAAAGACUGAAAUACUAUGACAGAGAACUGCAUGAAUUCUAUAGUCAGCACCCUCUAGUUGUUAAUAAAGACAAUUAUAGCUUUACUGCAAGUGUGCUUAAGUGGCAUACGAGUUACGGAAGACUUUUAGCAGAGAUUCAAGACUCCUUUGCUAUAUCCCUAAUGGACACUCCGUGGAGUUACAAAUUAUGUGUGUUACUCUAUGUCUGUGGGAUAGGAAUAUUGCUGUAUUAUUUGAUGGACAACAUGGUUGCGAAAAGCAAAUUGACACCAAGAAGAAUUAAGAAAUGGGUUUCCCUUCUGACAGUAACUGCUACCUGGACUCUACUAAUGUUAAAGCUGUUGAUCUAUGCUCUGAGGGUUGAACUGGCUGUAGAAAGCAAUGUCCAUAUGCUUAUGAAGGAAUUGGGCCAACUCAUUCCAACUGACCUGGAUCUAGGUAAACUUCAAGUAGUCCUUCAAUACUGGAGUAUGCACUGUUUUCCACCAACAUCGCAAGGUGUACUAAACAUUAUGGGAAUACUUUCUGUGCGGGAUGUAACCUACUAUUUACAAUACUACAGCCUUCCGAUUGUAACUGCUUUAGUCACCCCUGUGCUGAAAUUAGUGGUUUCUUUGAAAGAGAUUUACAGUGACAAGAAGAAGACAUGAAUUAGGCCUAUUAUUUUGGAAAAUCUUUGAAGUUAAAUAUUUAACUGUGAAGUUAAAUAUGUUCCCACAUGUACUGAACAGUAAAGAAAAUUUGUUUCUCACAUGCAGACUACUUAAUGUCUUUGUCAUACAAGCUGCUACAGAAUGCUGUGUACUGAGUGAACUCCCUGGAGUUACAAAUUUUGUGUGUUAUUCUGUCUGUGAGAUAAGAAUAUUGAUGUACAUGAUGACAGGGAGUUCAUGAAUAUUUAAAGCAUUUUAUGGUUGAAAACCAGUUUAACCUGAACCAAGACUAAUUUGCAGAGCAUAAGUGCCUUUAGUCCCAUAAUAUGCCAACUGUUUAAUUUAUUUGCUUGUAACAAUGUUUGCUAUUUCAUUUACUAAUGAGAUUUAUUAAUAAGGGAGAUCUACACAGGUCUGUGGAGUUCAAAGAAUCAUAGAAUUAUGUAGACUAUGCCCACAGUCACCCAAUAUUGCAUGGGGGGAUGAUCCCCUCCCCAUCUUUGCCAGUUGCUUUUGCCAAUUGUUUUCAGACAAUAGCAUGAUUUGCUGCAAGCACUGCUGCUUAUAUAUUAUCAUAGGUGGCAUU